CUAAGGGUGGUGCUAGCUAUAUAGUAGCUAGCUUGAGUGUGAAAGAAAAAGAAAAGAAGAAGAAUGAGUAACAUAUUGGCAGCAUUAGAGUACUGGUUAGUGAACCACCCUACAAUCAAGAACUUCACAUGGACGCCAGGGAAAACCAUGGCCUCAACUCCACAGUUUCUGUGCUUCACAAUCCUCUCCUACCUGUCCUCCAUCUUCAUCCUCCCUCAGAUGAAAUCCCUGCCGUCCAUCCCCCAAUCAUUCCUGAGGCCAAUCUCAGCCGUCCACAACACAUCCCUCCUCCUCCUCUCCUUCGUCAUGGCCCUUGGCUGCCUCCUCUCCACCAUCUCCCAUGCACCUCACGUCCAAUGGGUCAUCUGCUUCCCACCCCAAACCAAGCCCACUGGGCCCAUAUUCUUUUGGGCCUACAUCUUCUACCUCUCCAAGAUCCUUGAGUUCAUGGACACACUCCUCAUCAUCCUCAGCAACUCCAUCCAACGGCUCUCGUUUCUCCACGUGUACCACCACUCCAACGUGGUCAUCAUGUGCUACAUAUGGUUGCAAACCUCGCAAACACUCUUCCCGGCGGUGCUCUUUACCAACGCCUCCGUGCAUGUGCUAAUGUACGCUUACUACUUAUCGUGCGCGCUAGGAGUGAGACCUAAGUGGAAGAAGCUUGUGACGAAUAUCCAGAUCAUGCAGUUCUGCUCCAGCUUCGUUGUUCUGAGUUUGAUGCUUUACUACCACUUCACGGGUUCAGGGUGCUCUGGUGCUUGGGGUUGGAUCUUCAAUGUCGUUUUCUAUUCCUCUCUUUUGGUCUUGUUCGUUGACUUUCACAAAAAGAAUUAUGGUAGUACUGCAAACUCCAAGAAAAAGCUUACUCUCAACAACGUUAAGCAUGAUUAUUCCAAGGACUUGUUUUGUGCUUAUCACAUCUCAUGAUGUUAGUAUUAGUCUUAAUUUAAUUGUACCAUGCAUUGUCAUUAUUUUAUGGGAAAGUAUAGACAAAUAAUAAAAAUAUUAAACAAUGUGAACAAUGGAUAUAUUAUAUGUUCAUUUUAUUAGGUGUGUAAAUUAUUAUUUUAAUAUUAAGAUUUAGGUAGAAAAUUUGGAGGUGUAGUGUGUUUUUAUUUAAUUGGUAGUUGUUUAUAUUGUUCAAGAAAAUCAUUAGUUACCUAGCAUAAAAGCAUAGGUAACCAAUAACAUUAGUGAACAAUGUGAACAAUAGAUGUAUCGGAUGUUCAUUUCACUAGGUAUGUGGAUGAUUAUUCUAAUAUUAAGAUUUAGGUGGAUAAUUUGGAGGUGUAGUGUGUUUUUAUUUUAUUGGUGGUUGUUAUGUUGUUCAAAAAAGUCAUUAGUUACCUAACAUUAUCCUUUUAUCAA